GCGGCAGCCGCUGGGAGUCGCGGAGCGGGUCGGGCCGCGCCGCCGCUGCGGGGCCAUGAUCCGGAACGGGCAUGGCGCGGCGGGCGGUGCAGAGCCGCCGGGUCCGGAGGGCAGGCGCGCCGUGCGAGUGUGGUGCGACGGCUGCUAUGACAUGGUGCAUUAUGGCCACUCUAACCAGCUGCGCCAGGCGAGGGCCAUGGGCGACUACCUCAUCGUGGGUGUACACACCGAUGAGGAGAUCUCCAAGCACAAGGGGCCCCCAGUCUUCACUCAAGAGGAGAGGUACAAGAUGGUGCAGGCCAUCAAGUGGGUAGACGAGGUGGUGCCUGCAGCUCCCUACGUGACCACGCUGGAGACACUGGACAAGCACAACUGUGACUUCUGUGUGCAUGGCAAUGACAUCACGCUGACCGUAGAUGGCCGUGACACCUACGAGGAAGUGAAGCAGGCCGGGAGGUACAGAGAGUGCAGGCGCACCCAGGGCGUGUCCACCACGGACCUUGUCGGCCGCAUGUUGCUGGUGACCAAGGCCCAUCACAGCGGUCACGAGAUCUCCUCGGAGUACCGGGAGUAUGCAGACAGCUUCGGCAAGUGCCCUGGGGGGCGGAACCCCCGGACAGGGUUGUCGCAGUUCCUGCAGACGUCUCAGAAGAUCAUCCAGUUUGCUUCGGGGAAGGAGCCCCAGCCAGGGGAGACCGUCAUCUAUGUGGCCGGUGCCUUCGACCUGUUCCACAUCGGCCACGUGGACUUCCUGGAGAAGGUGCACGGCCUGGCCAGAAGGCCGUAUGUCAUCGCCGGCUUGCACUUUGACCAGGAGGUCAACCACUACAAGGGGAAGAACUACCCCAUCAUGAACCUUCACGAGCGGACCCUGAGCGUGCUGGCCUGCCGGUACGUGUCAGAAGUGGUGAUCGGGGCCCCCUAUGCAGUCACAGCAGAGCUCCUGGACCACUUCAAGGUGGACCUGGUAUGUCACGGGAAGACAGAAAUCGUGCCGGACAAGGAUGGCUCAGAUCCUUACCAGGAGCCCAAGAGAAGGGGCAUCUUUUGCCAGGUCGACAGCGGGAACGACCUGACCACGGACCUCAUUGUUCAGCGCAUCAUCAAGAACAGGCUAGAGUACGAGGCCCGGAACCAGAAGAAAGAGGCCAAGGAGCUGGCUUUCCUGGAGGCCAGGAGGCGGCAGGAGGCGCAGCGUGAGAGAGAGAGCGACUGUGACUUCUGAGCAGUGAGCGGUCACCCCGCGUGCCCUCGGGCCAGCCCCUCCUGCUCUCCUUCCCACG